GGGACCGCGCCGGCCGGAAGACACCAAGAGCAAUGCUGGUCUCCCGCACUCUGGGCCGAGCCUGGGGCCUGGGCGCCGCCCGCCGCCUGCCCAUCCCGCUCUGCCGCUGUCUCUGCAGCUCGUCUUCGCAGAUGCCCCCCAACGCCAGCUUCCACUCUGCCUCGGCCCCCGACCCUGAGCGGCCGCGCAUCCUGAUCACAGGGGGUCUUGGCCAGCUCGGGGUGGGGCUCGCCGACUUGCUGAGGAAGCGCUUUGGGAAGGACAACGUGAUUCUGUCGGACAUCAGGAAGCCCUCGGAGCGCGUCUUCCGCAGUGGCCCUUUCAUCUUCUCGGACAUCCUGGACUACAAGCACCUCCGGGAGGUGGUGGUCAACAACCGCAUCAGCUGGCUGUUCCACUACAGCGCGCUGCUCAGCGCUGUGGGCGAGGCCAACGUGUCCUUGGCGCGAGCCGUGAACAUCACAGGUCUGCACAACAUCCUGGAUGUGGCGGCCGAGCACGGGCUUCGGCUAUUUGUGCCCAGCACCAUUGGCGCCUUCGGUCCCAGCUCUCCCCGCGACCCGGCUCCAGAUCUCUGCACCCAGAGGCCCCGGACGAUCUACGGGGUGUCCAAGGUCCACGCGGAGCUCAUGGGCGAAUACUACCAUCACCGGUACGGGCUGGACUUCCGCUCCCUGCGGUACCCUGGGAUCAUUUCUGCCGACUCCAUGCCCGGCGGGGGAACCACGGACUACGCCGUCCAGAUCUUCCACGACGCGGUCAAGAGUGGCACGUUCGAGUGUAACCUGGAGCCACACACGCGGCUGCCGAUGAUGUACAUCGAGGACUGCCUGCGGGCCACGCUGGAGGUGAUGGAGGCCCCGGCUGAGGCCCUGACCCUGCGCACCUACAACAUCAACGCCAUGAGCUUCAGCCCGCAGGAGCUGGCCCGGGAGGUGGCCAAGCACAUCCCUGGCUUCCACAUCACCUACAAGGUGGAGGCCGUCCGCCAGGCCAUAGCCGAGAGCUGGCCCAUGAACCUGGAUGACAGCCGCGCCCGCCAGGACUGGGGCUGGAAGCACGACUUUGACCUCCCGGAGCUGGUCGCCACCAUGCUGCAUCUCCGCGGGGCCCACGGCCAGGCGGCCCGAGCCAGCUGA